AUGGUCGUUCUCGCAGCAUCGAUAUGCACUCGCGGAGGCAAAGCGGUCCUCUCGCGCCAAUUCCGCGAGAUCUCCCGCUCGCGCAUUGAAGCCCUUCUGGCUUCUUUCCCCAAGCUUGCGGAUUCGGGGACCCAGCACACCACCGUGGAGCAGGACAAUGUCCGAUUCGUCUACCAGCCAUUGGACGAGCUUUACAUCGUCCUGAUCACCAACCGUCAAUCAAACAUCCUACAAGAUAUCGACAGUCUUCACCUGUUUGCUCAAGUGACCACCAGUAUCUGCAAGAGUCUGGAUGAGCGGGAGAUCCUGCGCAAUGCCUUCGAACUGCUGAGCGCAUUCGAUGAAUUGGUGACGCAGGGCUAUCGGGAGAACCUUUCGCUCUCUCAGAUCAAGACAUUCCUCGAAAUGGAGAGUCACGAGGAGAGAAUCCAGGAGAUCAUCGAGCGGAACAAAGAGUUGGAGGCCAGCGAGGAGCGCAAGAGGAAGGCCAAGCAAUUGGAAAUGCAGCGCAAAGAGGCUGCUCGCACAGGUCGCGCUGCUGCCCCAAGGGCGCCAAACUACCCAGUCUACACACCUCCCACACGCCCCGCCGUGCCCGACACAUACGAUUCCUACGAGGCAGAGAAGAAGAAGACAUUUGCCAAGCCUCUCCCGUCUCGCGGCAAGGGUAUGCAGUUGGGCAAGAAAUCCAAGGCAACUGAUAUCUACGAGAAGGUCCGAGGUGAUCUGGGCCCUGAAGUCGAGGAAUCCAGCCCACUGGUGGGCUCAGAGGUUUCGACGCCCGUGCCAGAAGUCCCCUCCGCUCGCGAAUCUCUCGCCGUGGACCGAGAGCCAGUCAAUAUUACCAUCGCCGAGACCAUUUCCGCCACGCUUACCCGAGAAGGUGCCUUGAAGUCAUUCGAAGUCAAGGGUGACCUUCAACUCCGCAUCACCGACCCAUCCUUCACAAAGCUCCGUCUUGAUCUUAAAGCCAACCCGACUCAUGGCGCCCAGUUCCGGACCCACCCCAAUGUCGACAAGGCCCUUUUCACUAGCUCCUCCACCAUUCAACUGAAGGACACUUCUAAAAGAUUUCCCGCCAACAAUGCAAUUGGUGUUCUGCGAUGGCGCGUUGCUAGCUCGGCUGAUAACGCUGAAGUUCUCCCCAUUACUUUCACAGUAUGGGUGAACAAGGGCUCUGACUCUACCACCGUGACGGUUGAAUACGAGCUUACCGGCUCGGACAGUCUGCAAGACGUCGUUGUCACCAUUCCUUACGGUGAAACUGAGCCUGCUGUUUCUAGCUUCGAUGCUGUCUACGAAGUCUCGGGUGAUAGCCUUGACUGGAACCUUGGUGCGGUCGACGAAGCGAACCCCUCCGGCAGUUUUGAAUUCGAAUCUACCGAUGCCGAUGAAGACGUUUUCUUCCCAAUGAGCGUCCGCUUUACCAAGUCCCAGCCUUUCGUAGAUGUGGACGUCCUUGAUGUCGCCCUUUUGGAGAUGGAAGGGGAAAGCACUGCCUACUCCAAGGAUGUUCGCAGCGUUGCGGAGAACUUCCAUAUUCAGUGA